AAAGUGGGGAUAGAAUCUCAGUGUGCAGCAGAAGCAAACAUAUAGUUCUGCGUCCCCGAGCAGGCUGUGUGGGAUCGACGUUGCUGGACAGAGAAAACGUUUCGUAAAGCGAAAGAGAGAAGAAAAGAAUUACCGACGAAGGAAGGUAGAAAGAGAAGAGAAGAAAAGGGAGCAACAGCUUGUGGAACGGCAUGUCCUCGCGUGCUUGUGUCGUACAGCGUUUCUGAACGCAGCCAUUACGACAGAACCGCUCUCGGUGACGCUUUGCUGGCGGUGGAGCUGUGCUCACGCGCGCAGUGGUCACGGAACGAUCGGAACGAAACGCACGUGUCUUUUUCGGUGAAAAAGAAAUUCGUAGUGAGAAACGGUAACACGAGGGACAGACUACUGAACAAAAUUAUUAAAGCGUGUUUCUGUGUGUGUGUGUGUACAAGCUUAGAGACGCCUCUUGGCGCGCGGCGUCACGUCGCGCGGGCAUUAAUAUCUCCAAGUGUCCAAUUAUUCAAUUAGUCGAUUAUUUACGAUUGUAAAAAAUCGUGAAUCUUUGAACAACACCAUUCGAAGAAGAAACAACAAACAACAACAAUCAUGUUUGACGUAUUCGGCUCCGUAAAGGGCUUGCUCAAGCUCGACUCCGUGUGCAUCGACAACAAUGUGUUCCGACUGCACUACAAAGCGACGGUGAUUAUAUUAAUCGCUUUCUCAUUAUUGGUCACGUCUAGACAAUACAUAGGAGAUCCCAUAGAUUGCAUCGUAGACGAAAUACCGCUUCACGUGAUGGACACGUAUUGCUGGAUUUAUUCGACGUUUACGAUUCCCGAUCGUACCGGCAUCGUCGGCAAAGACAUCGUACAGCCAGGUGUAGCAUCCCACGUUGAAGGGGACGAUGAAAUUAAGUACCACAAAUACUAUCAGUGGGUGUGUUUCACGCUAUUCUUCCAAGCGAUACUAUUUUACGUGCCACGUUAUCUGUGGAAGACCUGGGAGGGCGGUAGGAUCAAGAUGUUGGUCUUGGACCUUAAUUGUCCGGUGAUGAGCGAAGAAUGCAAAACAGAGAGGAGAAAGUUGCUGGUCGACUAUUUUACCUCAAACCGGCAUACGCAAAACUUCUAUGCAUUCCGAUUUUUCCUGUGCGAGGUGCUGAAUUUCGUUAACGUGGUCGGCCAGAUCUACUUCAUGGAUUUCUUCCUAGACGGGGAGUUCACAACUUACGGUUCGGAUGUGGUGAAGUUCACGGAAAUGGAGCCGGAGGAGAGAAUCGACCCAAUGUCCCGUGUAUUCCCGAAGGUCACCAAAUGCACCUUCCACAAAUAUGGUGCGUCCGGCACGGUGCAGAAGUUCGACGGUCUAUGCGUGCUGCCAUUGAAUAUCGUCAACGAGAAGAUUUACGUGUUCCUAUGGUUCUGGUUCAUCAUUCUGUCCGUGUUAAGCGGUCUAACAUUGGCCUACCGUGCUGCGGUUGUAGCUGGACCAAAACUUCGCCUAAUCCUGCUACGCGCUCGAUCGCGUCUUUCACCACAAGAAGACAUCGAAUUGAUCGCGAAAGACUGCCAGAUCGGUGACUGGUUCGUUCUUUAUCAACUUGGAAAGAACAUAGAUCCGUUGGUGUAUCAACAGCUCAUCUCGGAACUGGCCCUAAAGCUUCAGGGAAAAGAACCCGUUUAGUUUCCAUUAUAAUUAAUAUUCCUUUUUUUCUCACUUGUUUAUUCCUCGAUCUUUAAUUUUGAUUAACCAAGUUAAAAGCCGUGUAACGUAGUUAAUUCGAUGAAUUGAGGGGCCAUUUCCCAGUUCAUCGUUGCGACCCGAGAUUGCAUUCCAUAUUUUUUUUUUAUGUUUCAUAAAUUGUAGACGUAAAGACAUCGAUGAUACAUAUAUUUUUUUUUAGUUGAACUAUACAAUUCAUUCCUUCUAUCGCGCCAUCUUGCGCAAGUGUAUGCUUCAAUGCGGUGACCGUAGAUACAUGCAUUUCUGGUAUUUGACCCUUUCCUUUCCCUCGUCUUGCAAUUUCCUCGGGUUCGUCCAAUAAUCAUUUUCUUUCGGUUUUCUUUUUUCUAAAUCCAAUUUGGAUGGUGCUUACGAGAAGCGACAGUGCCAACAAUGCGCAAGAUUUAUUUGGAGAUAUCAUCGGUUAAGUGGAGACAAGAAGGCAGUAUAUAUUGCUACCUUUUAUUUUUCUAACGCCGCCAUUUUUACUCGACUAUAAAGAAUGAUUCGCAUUUACUUAAUCGAUAUCUCUUGAUAAAUCUGUAAGCAACGACGAGGAGACGUACGUGAGAGAGUGAGAGAAAGAGCUUAGUAUUAAAGAAAAAAUAAACUCCUCUGAUACAUGGAGGGCUUUGUAGAGAGACUCUGAUUGUGUGAUAUAAAAUGGGCGACGACGUUCAUUUUCUCUGCCUUUUCAUUUCAUUUCACUUCCUUUUUAAACAUUCAAACUUUGUUAAGAUGUUCCUUCGAUGGGACUCCCCAAUUGUUUUAGUUCCAAGAGAAGAAUGAAGGUGGCAAGCCUGCCGCGAAGGGUUGGUACGCCUGUACUAUCGUUUCGCAUGAGAUUUCGAACGUGUCGUCCUCCAAGAAUCGUAAUUUCAUUGUCUUACCAGUUAUUUUUCAUAUUGUAGACGUAGGACGUACACAUCUUGUACAUUGUAGACCGUCUUAUGAAAUAGAAGAUAUAAAUUUAUAUUAUAUAUAAAUAUAUACAGGGUGUCACAGAAAGUCUCGAAACCCAUAGCUGCCUGGUGUCAAAACAAGUGAAGAGUAAUUAAAAAGUUGAAAGAUGAUAGUUUCACAUUUGUUUUGACAUGGAAAGUUUACCUUUUUUGGGUUGUAUGAUGUUUUUGAGGCUCCCUGUGUAUUAUAUUUAGAGAGAGAAAGAUGGAUAUAUAGAAUGAAAUAUAUAUGUGAGAGAGAGAGGGAAAGAAUGAGAGAGAGAGUGCGAGCGGAUGAAAAAGACAAGCAAGUAAAAUAAUUUAGAAAUACUGAAAUUUUCUUUCUGUAACACCUUCAAAUAUUCUAUAUCGAAGGAACAAAUAAUGAGAAAAAAAAAACAAGCAAACUCUGUGAACACGUAAGUUUCUUUUUCUCUGUCAGUUGGAUUUACUGCCGAACUGUUAGAAACCGUCCUUAUUAGGCAAACAUAUUCCCUGUUUCACGAGCAGGAAUGAAAGAAAAAUUUGAAAUUCGAAAAGACAAGAAUAAACGCUUAGCUGGUAAGAAAUUAGAGUAGUAUCGCGCCUCAGUUAUCCGCCAUUAAUAUUUUUGUGGAAUUCAUGCUCAAAGUAAGACUGCCAAGUAAUCGGGACACUCCAUAUCAUCGUGAUUCUUGUAUUUUGUACCUAUUUAGGAUUGAAUAGAAUUUAGAAUCUUUCAUUUACACUGGUUUAUAUAUUUCCUUCUCCCUGCUUUCCUUUUUUUUUCUUUUUUAAUAUUCGCAUAAUAUUUUCUCUAAGAUUGUUCCAUUUGUCCCAUCUUGUUACUCGUUUCUUCUAAUUUUUUUUUUCUUCUAUAGUUAUCGUAGAUAUCCUAGAUAUUUAACCUUAAUCAAGGGGAGAGUCUGGAUCCAGUCUCUUCAGGAUCCACCGGGGAGGGAUAAAAAAUCAAAAAGAUACCGCAGUUAGCCUUAGUACCUUCGGAUACCGUCAUAUCUUUCUGAUUAAAUGUUUAAAAAUAUAAAAGAGUAUCCUAAGGGCUAUGAUUCCUUUAAAUGAUAAAUUCGUGUCAGUGAGAGGGAACAAAAACUUACUGACCGAAGGAGAAAGAAGUGCCUACUUUGUAUGCAUGUAUAAUGCAUCGGAUUUGUAAGCUGCAUUAGUAAAUAGUGAUAGUAUAUCGUUUGGAUAAAUUUUCGCAGUAAAUAAAGAGGAUCAUACGCACACAUACAAUUUAUAUCGUAAAUGUGUUAUGUAUAGUAGUGAGCAUGAUAGACUUCCGUAGGGAAGAUGGGGAUGUAGAGGGUGAAGAUCCCAUCAAAACCCUAAAAAGAAAAAUUAAUAUAAUAGGUUUCAAAACUUAAAUUUCUAAAUUCAAACUUUUAAGUUUACAGGUGGAUAGGAGCCUUUUUGCCCUAGAGCGCCAUUUUCCUUAGUAAGUCUACCAUGCUCUGUGCUGUACGUGGUUCCUUGCGACUAUGUUAAGCGAUAAGAUAUAUAUAAAAAUAUAUAUUUUUUAAUAUAUAAUUAUAUAUUUUAUAUAUUACCCUAUAUAUUUUAUAUAUAAUUAUAUAUACAUAUAUAUGUAUACAUAAUUAUAGUGAGCGUCCUAGUUCAGAAUUGCUGGAGAUACGAGUGAUAAUUGAUUAGUAACGACUGUUUAUGCGUUAUUCUCCUUAUUAUUUAAUAAUUCAUGGCUUUUGCUCGUUGAUGCUAAUUCACUGUUCACAGGAGACGAGGAGCUAUCGUUUCUUUAUCGCGACAAAGUAUUAGAAAUAUAAAUUGAUUAGUUUUUAAGGUUUAUGAACAAUAAAAAAUUUACUUUUACGCCGUUUGUCUUUGUUGCGUCCAACGAUUAUUGUGUAACUACUGCCCAACUUAUGUUUUUCUCGCACAAAUGCGGAUGGAAUUAAAGAAAUAAAUGUCAGCGAGUAAUUUUAGUA